AUGGGUUUGCUACAACCUUUACCCCCGAAUAGACAAAACCUAGAGUCACCUUCCUACCGACCUGGUACCCGAUGCGCUUAUCAUUCUGGGGUGGAAGGGCAUGACACUGAAGACUGUUGGACUCUCAAAAGGGCAAUUAAAAACUUGAUAGAGCAAAAAAGGGUAGUGCUGAAAGAUGAAGAGAUCCCCAAUAUGACCAACAACCCAUUGCCGGCUCACAACAACGGGCUACUUAUUGGGAUGAUUUCUGAAGAUAAAGAGUUUGACCCAGCUCUAAAAGCUAUCAUUGCCAUCGCCGAUGUGGAAAAGAAGCCAAAGGCCGCCGCAAAGCAAGAUAAAGGGGAGAAGAAGAGUAACUCCGCUCCCCAAAGUGAAGAAAAGAUUGUGGAAACCAAAACAGGGGCAGUACCCCUUAAAGACGCCAUUCUUUAUGUUCCCCGAGCUCACAGGAAAGAACAAUUGGUGUUGAGCCCUCCUAAGAGGUUCGAGCUGAACAAGGGACCCAAGAUGUAUGUACGCAAAGGGACUUAUGUGGCGCGGAGACCAGUAAUUCCACCCAGGUUGAGCGAGCCCGUGAUCAUUAGCCGCGCACCACAAAGGCCUAUGAAAUACCCCACUGUAGUCCCUUGGAACUAUAACAGAGCAAUUGUGACAUACAAAGGGAAAGAAAUUGUAGGGGAAGCAAAUGAAACUAACCCAGCAGAGAAAUACCUUAACUUGGAGGAUUUGAACAAAGCCAAGAAGAAGCAUUUCCCACUCAAGAAGCCCGUCAAUGCUGAGGAGGCCAAAGAAUUCUUUCGUAAAAUGAAAACUACGGACUAUGAGGUAAUAGACCAACUCCGGAAGUCUCCUUCACAGGUCUCACUCCUGUCUCUACUGGUAAGCUCAACCGAGCAUCAGAAAGUGUUGAUAAAAACCCUCAACGAAGCUUAUGUUCCGAUUGAAACCAUUGUUGAACAAUUGGAGAGGAUGGCAGAAAGAUUCUUCGCAAUCAACCAGAUCUCAUUUAGCAAGAAUGAUUUGCCCCCGGAAGGGGCUGCCCACAACAAAUCCCUUCAUUUGAUAGUUAAAUAUGAGGGGUACUAUGUGAAGAGAGUCAUGCUGGAUGGCAGAUCCGGAGUUGAUAUCUACCCCCUCUCAACUUUGCAAAGAAUGGAGAUUGGGACUGAGAGAAUCAGGCCUAACAAUAUCUGUGUGCGUGCCUUUGAUGGCAUCAAGAGAGACAUCAUUGUGAGAUCGAUUUGA